CGAAGGGAGAAGCGACCAGAAGGCUUUGUGUCGGGAUGGAGGUGAGUCCGCCUUUCGAGGACAACCCAGGUCCAGCACCAGCAGCAGCAGCAGCUGCUGCUGCAUCCGAGAGGCCUCAGCCACCUCCUCCCAUCAUGUAAGCCAGCACCGCCUGAAUCUGUCGGUCUGUGAGCUGAGCUCCAUCACAUGCACACAUCCUGUACUCUCUGUGUGGGUGCUGUCGGCACCAACCGUAAUGGCAGGCGUGAAUACAUCAACCUCAUCGACGACUCAGACGAGGAGGGAAGCGAGGGCGAUGAGGAGUGCAAGUAUGUCACAGAAAGCCAAAAGCACAACACUCGACCCUCUACUGGUCAUUGUCCACCGACCAGGAUCAUUCGCCGCAGAAACGCCCGGCAUCUGCGUGAUCAGGCUGUCCUGCGUAUGGCCAACGACAUGCCCGCGCUCCCUGCCCCUGCAGCCAACGAACACCCCGGCGAGUCUGCGUCGGCGGCCGCAGCGGCCGCAGCGCCAGCGCCAGCCGGUCCCUCACAGCCCAUCGAAAUCGACCUCGACGCCUUCACCUUCAUGACGGGCGAGGAGCGUCGCCGCAAGAGGCAGGAGGAUGCGGACCACGCCCUGGCAAUGCGGCUGUGGAGCGAGAUCAAUGCUGGGGUGGACCGUCGUGACAUCGAGAGUCAGAUGGAGAGGGACGAGAAGCUGGCGAAGGCGCUGUUCGCCAAGUGGCAGAGGCCGGACGCUGCUCGCGAGGCCGAGAAGAAGCGGCUGGAGGAGGCGGGCAGGAAGAUGGCCCUUAGCAUGCAGCAGAAGGAGGGCAUCAUGCACUCAGGUACCUGGGUGGGUGGGUACCUACACACCUGACCUGGGUGGGUCGAUGUGAUAGGUGGAUAGGGGUGGUUGUGUGUGAUUGAUAUGAUGGAUGUUGCCUGUCUGUCUGUUUUUUGUUUGUCUGUCCACCUCAGAGUGUCGCUUCUGUAGCCGCGUGUUGCUCGUAAAAGUUGGUCCAGGUACAACACAACACAACACACCAGAUGCGCUGCAGCCAGCCAUCCUCCACGAAUGCUCCCUCCCCUCUCACUGUCCUCCCUCCCUCCCUCCCUCCCUCCCCCAGACACCACCGUCACCGAGGACCCCCCCCGCCCACCCCCGCCCCCCAAGCGGGGUCCUCGCACACGCCUCGCCGCCAAGAAGGCCGGGAACGACAACAACACGGCCGCAGAAGAGGAGGAAGACCAGUCGCCCCAGGAGCCCACCGUCAAGCUCAUCGUCAGCCCCUACUGCGACAAGGAGGCCUGUGUGGCCAGGGGCCGGGCGCACUGCAACAGGCUGCUCAGCUGCGGGCACCCCUGUGGCGGCACGGCUGGGGAGUGGCACCCACACCAGCACCGGUACCAGCGGAGCGGCGACAGGUGCUGGUGUGUGUGUACGCACCCCGACUGCACACACGAGGAAUCGGCGGCGAGCAAGGGGGGCGGCGUGACGGACUGCAUGAUAUGCAUGGACGGCUUGAACGAGAGCCCCGUGUUGAAGCUGGCGUGUGGCCAUGUGCUGCACUAUGGCUGUGUCAAGACGCAGCUGAGCAACAUCAACUUCGACAAUGGGGAGAGGUGAGGGAGGGAGUGAGCGGCCGGCAAACCACACACACACACACACAAACAACUACACUGACUGACCCACAGAGGGAGGGAGGGACGCGUUGACAAGAAUGGACAGAUAGACAGACAGGGUUAUGUCUGUUGCAUGUCUGUGUGUGUGUUGUGUGUGUGGCAGGUUAGUCUUCAACCUGUUGAAGUGUCCGAUGGGGUGCAACAAGCUGCUCGAGCACCCGGUACACUCACUGCACACGCUCUCACACACCACACGUUGGAGACACGGACACAGACAGACAGACAGACAGCGCCGGCCGCAACCCAACCCAACACACCACACCGCACCCCAUCCGCCAUCUGUCUGUCUGUCUGACUGACUGACUGUCGAAUCAGGUGAUUGAGAAUGAGAUGCGGCCCCUUAAGGCCCUGCGCGCAGAGGUAGGCAGCGGGGUGGGUAGAUGAUACUUUGACACUCAGCACACAGACAGACAGGCAGGCAGACAGACGGAGAGAGAGAGGAAAGGUGUGCGGACUGCCGGCAUGCAUGCCGCUGAGUGGCUAUCUAUCUGUGCGUGUGUGUGUGUGUGUGUGUGUCACACGCACAGGCGAUUGCGAACGCCGCGCAGCGUGCCCGUUUGGAGAAGCUGACGGGCCCCGACGGACAGAUACUCGACGGCGAGCAGGCACUCCACAAAUACGCCUUCUACAAAUGCUCCAAGUGUGUAACUCAGCGACUCAGCCACACCACACCACACCACACACACGAAUCAAACUCAUGGAUGCGUUUGUGUCAUGCAGGUGUCGCCGUGUCUACUGUGGGGGCCGUCUGGACUGCGAGCGGGACCUGCGCCAAGAGGAGGACAAUGACAACGAGGGCCCAGCCCCCGCAGCUGCAGCAGCAGCGGCCCCCGCACCACAACCCGAUCGUGGCCGGAAGGGCAAGAAGAAGCGCCGUCGCGUGAGCGCCGCGCCUGCCAGGGGCGCUGCUGCGGUGCCGCUGGGUGCUGGCGGGGUGAGGCCAAACAAGAAGGACGAGCUUGUCUGCCCUGCGUGCGCCAUCGGACAGGCCGGACAGUGCCCCAAACAUGGUGGGUCGGGAUGCAUGUGAUUGAUGUUUGUGGUGGACUGUUUUCUCUGUCUGUGUGUGUCUGUCUGUGUGUGGCUGUCUGUGUGUGUGUCUGUGAUGUGUGUUAGGCCAUGGCUUUGUGGAGUUCAAGUGCCGCUACUGCUGCGAGCCGGCCGUGGUGAGCGAGGGAGCCAGCGAAACAGGGAGGGAGCGAGCGAGGGAGGGCAACACACGGGGUGGGUCGUGCGACUCUUCUUGUCACUCCCUCCCUCUGUGUGCUUUCUGUGUGUGCAGUGGUUCUGCUUUGGCACGACUCACUUCUGCGACAAAUGCCGUGAGCAAAACACAGCACAGCACAGCUCAGCCCAGCAUGACAGAAAGGAAGGCUCUGACAGAGAGAGUGGGUUAGUUACGUCAGUAAGUCUGGGUGCCUGGGCGGUGUGGUGUGGUGUGCCAUGAUUGGUUGAUUGAUUGAUCGCAUGGCUGGGGUGGGGUGGGGUGCGUGGGCGGUUGGUUCAGACAAUGACAAUGCCUAUCGAUACGAUGCAUACCGUGAGAGCAGAGGGCACAGCACGGCACACCACGCACCACAUCUUUUUCCUUCUUUCUCUGCCUGUGUGUGUGUGUGUGUGUCAUCUCAGACAACACCAACCGCAUCGGCAAGCCAUGCCCAGGCCCCCACAAGUGCGCACUCGGCGGCAACCACCCACCGGUGAGCCCUCACACCCCCACCCACCACGCCCCCCCCCCACAGACACACACAGGCCCUGCCGUCCUUGUCUGCCUAUAUCUCUAUCUGUGUUUUUUUGGUGUGUGGAUGGAUUGCAUCAGAACCCCUGCGAGAUGCCUAUCGGCUGCGCAUUAUGCAAGGAAGAGGAGUUCAAUGCAGAGAAUGGUGGCCAGCAGAAGAAGAAGCGCGGCUCUGGUGGCAGCGGUGGUGGUGGUGGGGCGGCCGCAGCGGCGGCAGCAGCACGGCCGUGAGGGUAUCAUCAUCGCACUUGAUUGAUGCAAUUGAUGUAGCCAUGUGCAAGACCUAUCAGACAGACAGACAGACAGACGGACAAACGGACAGAGGGAGGGAGGCAGGAGAGGAGAGGAAGCAGCAGAGGGCACCCUCUCUGUCCCCUCCCCCCCCCUCUCUCUCUCUCUCUCUCCGUGAUGAAUAGAAGAGCAAGUUUUGGCGCAUCCCUUGCACAGUGAAUAUGUAUGCCGUCCAUGUGGGUGGGUGCGUUGUGCGGGCGUAUACGUGUCUGUCGAUCGAGUGCGUGCAUCGGCUGCAUGCCAUGCACGGAUGUUUUGGCAACCACCGAAGGGCACACACACGAAAUGGUGUUGGUGUGUCCGACGAAUGAACACUCAGUAAGGAUUGCCUGGUAGACAGACAAUGAUGGCUGGCUGGCUGGAUGGAUUGAUGGACGGAUUUCCCGGCACACACGCGGCGGUUGGGAGGCGAGGCGAGCAUAUGCACGAUGCUCAAGUAUAUGGCAUUGGGGUGCAUUUUUGCCUUUGCGAUGCAUUUCUGCCUGCCUGCCUCCCUGCCUGGUCUGUCUGUCUGCGUGCCUUUCCUCUCUGCCUUGUUUGUGCCCCAGACGACACCUACCUGAGGGGAGGGCACCUCGAGAGGCCUCGCGAGCUGUCUGUCGACCGCGGGGGCGGUGAUGUCGUGAGGGGCGUUGUGAAUCGGCGCAUUGGGGGGCGGGUGGCUAACUUGAAUCGUCUGACGGACAGAUGGAUGAGUGCAGGUGUGUGGCUACCACUUGUUCAAGGAUGCAUGGCGUG